AUGUCGAAAAGGUCCGCUCCAAUUGAAGAGGUUAACGGCGUCAAUGGUGAACGUGUUGUGGCAAGUAAGCUGGCAUCGAAUGAUGUUCCAGCCGCAGCGGUGGCUCCUGUAACCGGCGAUGACGUCGAGAUGGGUGAAUUUGAAGACCAGUUUAGUGACGAGUUUGAAAGUGAUGGUGAAAUCAUUCAAAUGGACGGCGAGGAGGACGAUGAAGACCAGGACGUCGAUAUUGAAGGUGAGAUCGGCGAGAACAACCAGUCAAAAGCGCAGCAAAUGGUCCAACAGGAUCAGGCCGCUCAGCAAAAAGAAGCCGGGUUGCAGCAGCAACAGCUAUAUUUGCCGCAUUUGUCUAAACCAUUGGGCCCCGAUGAAGUGCUAGAAGCGGACCCAACCGUGUAUGAAAUGCUGCAUAACGUCAACGUGACAUGGCCAUGUAUGACGCUGGACAUUGUUCCAGAUCGUCUUGGGUCCGAGCGUAGAAACUACCCUCAGUCUCUUCUGAUGACGACAGCCACACAGGCGUCUAAAAAGAAGGACAACGAGUUGAUGUGUCUGAAACUGUCACAACUCAGCAAAACUCUGGUGAAAGACGACGCCGAAAAUAGCGAUGACGACGAGGACGAGGACGAGGACCGGGACCCAGUCGUGGAGAAUGAAAACAUACCGCUAAAGGACACCACUAAUAGACUGCGCGUUUCGCCAUUUGCAUCUGAGUCUGCUGAAAAGCUCACCGCCACUAUGAGUGAGAGCGGUGAGGUUCAUAUUUUCGAUUUAGGGCCUCAGUUCAAGGCCUUUGAAACACCAGGUUACCAAAUACCCAAGGGCUCCAAAAGGCCAAUACAUACCAUCAGAAAUCACGGUUCUGUAGAGGGUUACGCCUUGGACUGGUCUCCCUUGCAUAAAAGUGGGUCUUUACUUACUGGUGACUGUUCCGGUAGGGUUUAUCUGACGCAGAGACAUACGUCGAAAUGGAUCACGGAUAAGACUGCCUUCAGUGUGGACAACAAUAAAUCGAUCGAAGACAUCCAAUUUUCGCGUACCGAAGCGACUGUUUUCGCCACUGGUGGCUGUGACGGCUACAUCAGAAUUUGGGACACCAGAUCUAAGAAGCAUAAGCCCGCUAUUUCGGUGCAGGCUUCGGAUACAGACAUCAACGUCAUCAGCUGGAAUGAGAAAAUCGGCUAUCUUCUGGCAAGCGGUGACGACAAUGGUACCUGGGGCGUGUGGGACUUGAGACAGUUUUCUCCUUCAACGGCGGCAUCCGUCACCCCCGUGGCCCAGUACAACUUCCACAAGGGUGCUAUCACGUCCAUUGCUUUCAACCCUAACGACGAUUCGAUCAUAGCCGUCGCUAGUGAAGACAAUACUGUCACCUUGUGGGAUUUGUCCGUCGAGGCCGACGACGAAGAAAUCAAACAGCAAGCUGCAGAGACCCAAGAGUUGCAAGAUAUCCCUCCACAGCUGCUUUUCGUACAUUGGCAAAAAGAGGUCAAGGACGUUAAAUGGCACAAGCAAAUUCCUGGUUGUCUGGUCAGCACUGGCACUGACGGCCUCAAUGUAUGGAAGACCAUCAGUGUUUAG